ACCGUGGCCCCGCCCCUUUAGGAAAGGGAAGAGGGCGAGCGGGAGUCGGGCGAGGGAGCGGCGCGUGGGUGGCUGGAUCUCUCCUGGGCCGACCAUGGCGCCUAGCGGCGAUAUUAUGGGGGCAGCUGAAGACCUCGCCGACCAGUUCUUGCGAGUGACGAAGCACUACCUACCUCACGUGGCCCACCUCUGUCUCAUCAGCACGUUCUUGGAGGAUGGCAUCAGGAUGUGGUUUCAGUGGAACGAGCAGCGGGACUACAUCAACAUGUCCUGGGGAAGUGGUACACUCUUAGCCACACUCUUUGUCCUCAUUAACAUGUGUGGCCAACUGGCUGGGUGUGUACUAGUCCUGGCCCGAAAGUUUGUUCCUUAUGCGUGCUUUGGCUUAUUUGGAAUCAUCUUUAUGCAGACAAUUGCCUAUAGUAUCUUAUGGGAUCUCAAGUUUUUAAUGAGGAAUCUGGCUCUUGGGGGUGGUCUGCUUCUCCUACUUGCAGAAUCUCGUUCUGAGGGGAAGUCCAUGUUCGCUGGAGUCCCCACCAUGGAUGACAUCUCACCACGGCAGUACAUGCAGCUUGGCGGCCGGUUGCUCCUUGUCCUCAUGUUCAUGACGCUCUUGCACUUUGAACUUUCCGUCUUCACUAUUUUCCAGGACAUCUUUGGCAUGGCACUCAUCAUUUUGGUAGCUGUCGGCUUCAAGACCAAACUUGCUGCUCUUACCCUUGUGGUCUGGCUCCUCAUCGUCAACAUGAUCCAGAAUGCCUUCUGGACCAUCCCCACCUAUAGGCCUCUCCACGACUUCCUCAAAUACGACUUUUUCCAAACCAUGUCUGUCAUAGGUGGCUUGCUGCUUGUGGUGGCGCUGGGACCUGGAGGGGUUUCGAUGGAUGAGCAUAAGAAGAAGUGGUGAAAGUGGACUGUGAAUGGGGCUCAAUGUGGGGUAGGGAGGGGGGAGGAUUGGAAGCAAAAUAGGGACAAUGUGGGGUUGGGUCAGGGUUAAACUACAGCUUUUAUAAACCCGUGUAGAAUUUUAUUCUCUUUUGAUUCUCUUAAGGUUUAUCAUAGUUCACGGUUGCCUUAUCAGGGUGGGAGAGCCUUUGCUUUUCUAUCCUGUUUGAGACGUGUAAAUUAAAGCCGAAUUGUAUACAUGGG